AUGCGGCCGGGGCAAAGUGUUGCUGAUUUUUGCGUAGUGCUGGAGGCGCUUGGUAGGAAAGCGUACCCUGAGUGCACAAUUGAAGACCGGUCAAUGGACUAUGCGCAAAUUGUUCUAGAAAACCUAAAACACUGGCCAGAACAAGUUCAGAUUUUGAGUGCUUUACACGACGUAGACCCAAGGUAUGUCUACGAAAAAGUAAAAGAGCUAGCGAUUAGCAUUGAACAAGCGAACCUAAUCAACAGCAGGCGCGCUUCAUCCCACGUCGUGGUUCCUCAGCGGAGUUGGAAGGUGAGAGCCCGUGAGUAUGAACAGGGAGAGCGCUUCGCGGAGCAACUACGGAAUCAUCGGAGAAACGAAAACACUAGAAAUACAAUAGCGCCUGGUCGGGCACCUUCCCAAAGAGAAACGCAAUUCCAGGGCCCAAGAGAGAGGCAAGAGGUCCCGACUAACAACGAAGAGUCCCAACUAUUAAAUGAUAUGACACAAGCCUUACUUGACUCUGGAUCGAUGAUAAGUAUAAUUCCGCUACAAGUGUUAGCGAACGCCUACUACAAAGGAUUCGACGUGGAAACCUUAAAAAGAGAAGACGACAGCCAGAUGGAGACAAUAUAUGAUGCUAGCAAUAACCCCAUGAAGUUCCUAGGAAUAGUAAGGAUCCAGGUGAAACUGCAAGGUGGAAACCCCAGUGAAAUCGCCUUCCACAUCUCAAAUGAGAGGAGCAAUGAGAUCCUACUGGGAACAAAUGCACUGAGCAAACUCGGGGUGCAAAUGGUCAUAUCACGACACGCAGGAAAAGGAGAGGUAGAAACAAGGGAAAGUGCUUCCGCGAGAUCGGUUUUGGCGGCAGACCGGGUAGUAAUUCCCGCACUUUGCGUGCGUUCAGUCACUGCAGUGUGCGAAGUUCCAGAGGGAACCAUGGAAGGCAUCAUAUGGGCAACCAAAGAAGGCAUAAACAGUGGAGUGUAUAAAGUACAAAGUAAGGAAAUUACUGUACCCAUACGAAACCGAGAUCAUCAUCCUAUGGUAAUACAGAAAGGAGAAAAACUCGGAGAAUGGGGAACUGAAAAGUGGUCCACAAAAUGGGAAGACUGCACCAUGCUGGAACAAGGAAACGUCAGUAUGAGCAUCGAAGAGAAGCGAAACUUACUUAAGGAACAAAUACAACAAAACAGAAAAGAAAGCUAUAUCGACAAAGACCUUACAAAUUUUUUGACUAAUUAUGCUGACGUGUUCGCUGUGUGCGAAAGAGAGCUAAAUCAGACGGAUUUGGUCAAGAUGAGUAUUGACACAGGAAAUAGCCAGCCGAUUAAGCUAAGAACACGCCCGGUUCCGUUAGGUCUACGAGGAAGACUGAGAGAGAUGUUGCAGGACUUGGAAAACAGAAAAAUCAUAGAAAAGAGCAAUUCAGACUGGGCAUUCCCAAUCGUACUUGUUGAGAAGAAAGACGGAGGCAUCAGACUAUGCGUCGAUUAC